AUGCUGGGUAAGCAGGACCUGUCAGAGAAUGACGAGCCCGGUUCUGUUGCCGUGGCUGUGGAGAAGACGAUUGUGCACGAGAAAUGGAACUCCAUUCUUGUCAUCAAUGACAUUGCCCUGGUCAAGCUGGCAGAGGAGGUGCAGGAGACUGACAACAUCCGUGCUGCCUGCCUGCCAGCUGCUGACAAGGUCCUGCCCAACGACUACCCCUGCUAUGUCACCGGCUGGGGACGUGUCAGGACCAACGGGCCCCUGGCCGAUGCCCUGCAGCAGGCUCUGCUGCCCGUGGUGGAUUAUGAGACCUGCUCCAAGUGGGACUGGUGGGGCAGCCUCGUGCGCACAACCAUGGUGUGCGCCGGCGGUGACGGCGUCGUCUCUGGAUGCAAUGGCGAUUCUGGAGGCCCCCUGAACUGCCAGCGCGAUGAUGGGGUCUGGGAGGUCGAGGGCAUCGUCAGCUUCGGCUCCGGCCUGAAAUGCAACAUGAAAAAGAAGCCGACAGUCUUCACCCGGGUGUCUGCCUACAUCGACUGGAUCAACGAGAAAAUGAGCGAGAACUGAGGACGCAGCAUGGAGCACAAGUACUGAGUGUGAUAAAGGCAAUAGUGCUAAGCUGGUCUCGUGUGGUUCUUUCGAGGGGACGCGGUGGAGCAGAGCCAGGGGAUGUACCUUGUGGUGCUGGGCUUCUGCCUGUGUGCUGGGGAGAGCCCCCACAUUGUGCAGUGAGGCUGGGCAGGCUCCUGGGGAGCCUAAGGUGGGCAGAGAUCCCACAAGGUACUCCCAGUUAGGAGAAGAGCCAUGGCCAUAGCCAAAACAAAGGGUUCAAGGCUUGGCUGGUGGUUUGAUGGGAGAGUGGCUGGAAUCAAGCCUGGUGGUCCUGGGGGGCUCUAGGGAACUUGGGGAGGGGCUAUAGGGCCCCUAGUUGGCCCAAGGAGGUUUUAGGUGUCUUGGCUGGCGCUGGGAUGUUUCAGGGGGUCUUGCUAGUAACUGGGCUACUUGAUGGCAGAUGAUUUAUAAUGAGGUGUUGAGGUUAUUGGGUUGGUUCUGGGGGUCAUUCUGCAGCCCCACUACAUUCCUCCACUACCUGUGCUGCUGGAGUGCUCCCACUCUGUUCUCACCUCUGCCAGAGAUGUCCUGGGGAAGGAGCAGCCACUGCAGUCCAUGUCAUAGAAAGGAGAGGGACAAGGCUGAGCCAUCUCUACCCAAAGUCACCCCCUACCCCCCUCGCAAUGCUUCCUAAGUGAGGGAAGUGGGGAAAUAAACAAGGGAAAGAGUGCAGGGUCACCUUUCCUGAAGAUGAGCAGGUGCAGGGUAGAUGGGAUCAGCCCUGGGAUCACCUGCACACCCAGAUGCUCUGUACAAAACUGGACAACAUG